CGCUAUUGGCAUUCACCGGUUCUUUGAUAAACUUCACCAUAACCGGAAAAUUUAAUCUGAACGCUUUGCAACCAUGAGACCUACUGCUACGCGGCUGCUCAACAUCCUCGUUCCUGUGAAGCGAUGCGUCGACUACGCUGUCAAAAUUCGCGUCAACCCCCAGCAGACAGGCAUUGACACGAAUGUGAAGCACUCCAUGAACCCAUUUGAUGAAAUCGCCGUCGAAGAGGCCGUCCGCCUCCGCGAACGCCUCAAGGAAGAGAUCAAAUCAAUAAAGGUCGUCACCAUCGGCCCACCAAAGUCCGCCGAGACGCUCCGCACCGCGCUCGCCAUGGGCGCCGACUCGGGCGUGCACAUCGAAAUCCCCGACUCUGCACCUGCGCCCGAGCCGCUGGGCAUCGCGCGCGCGCUGCGCGCCCUUCUGCAGCGCGAGAAGGAGGCCGGGCGGGAGGUGGACCUGGUAAUCCUGGGGAAGCAGGCUAUUGACGAUGACCUCGGGCAGACCGGACAGAUGCUGGCGGCGUUGAUGGGUGUGGGGCAGGCGACGUGCGCGAGCAAAGUGGAUAUCGACGUUAAGGGCAAGACGGUCUCGGUGAGGACAGAAAUCGACGGAGGUGCGGAGGAGCUGAAGUGUCGGCUGCCGGCCGUGAUCACGACGGAUUUGCGGCUGAACGAACCACGCUACGCGUCCCUACCCAACAUCAUGAAGGCCAAGAAGAAACCCAUCGAGAAACUGACGCCUGCGGAUCUCGGUGUAGACCUCACACCGAUCCUUGAGACGCUCAAGGUGGCAGAACCACCAAAACGCGUCGGCGGAGGCAAGGUGGACAAUGUGGACCAGCUGGUAGCGAAGCUCAAGGAAGCCGGGUUCACUGCUUCUGCGUAG